UCGAAACUCGAAAAAAAGGAUUAAUCCGCUUCUCAGCUGCUAUGUACACCGACGGUCCGACCUCUACGAUAUUUAUCGCUCGACGGAGAAUCAGUACAACUCUGUGAAACGGUCAGAAACGUUGCAGCGAAUGUGUAUACUAUUAGCAAUCGAAAUUGGAAUGAAACUAACAGUCGAACUGAUUUAAUUUCGUUCAGAGAUCAGAGUCGAUAAGAAACAUGGCACUCCGUUCAGUGAAUCGUCGUUUCAAAUCAACGUCGGACAUCUUCGACGAAGCGGUGAGCAACGAAAUGUCGGAUGGGGCGCAGGGUAAUCCGAAGAAUCGCUUCAGCACCUACACGUUCAAAGACCUUCAACAGGAAAGGCGGAAGUUCGUUAAGAAACGCGAGCCGAAGAAGUCUCAGAAUUUUCUGAGGAGACUCCUCGCCUCUUUGGACAAGAAAAACGAAGCCUGUAAAGCGGACGACGAAUUUGUCACCGAAUAUUACAGGAGAAAUGACUAUUCGAACCCGAAUUCUGACUAUUUAGACGCAACGCUGCAGAAUUUCGAAGAAACGAACGAAAGUUCUCGACUUCUCGGAGCAAGAUCUUUUCGGACCUUCACGAUCGAUCGGUGCAGACCCGAUUUGGUUUCCAAAAGACAGUCGACUAAUGCUGCGGAUCACAGGGAAAUUAGGACAUUUUCGAGCGAAGACUUGAAAAUGAUCAAGAACAGUGCGGAUUAUGCAAAAUCGCGACGAUUUAGGAGGAACUCGAACGAUUUGAGCCGAUGCACUUUGGAGAGAAUAUUUACGAAUGGUAAAGAUGAGGAGAGAAUCGAGCCGAAGAACGAGAAAGCGAAGCCCAGUCGAAAAAGGUCGUUGAUAGAUUUUUUGGGAUUCAUGAUAAGAUGGAGGAGAUCGGACGAAAAGGAGAAACCACGAUGUUUCGUGUCCUGUAAUCGUUUGGUCAGUCAGACGAAUAGUUUCUAUUCGGAAAAUGUUAUGCAAAUGUCCAGAACUUCUUCUGUCGACGCUAUAGUGCCCGAGAAAUGCGAGGAACCAACCAUAAUGCAGAUUGGUAAGCAGAAUGCGAGGAUGCGACAUAUUUACAAUGAGAAAACGCACGAACAACUUGUGGAGGUUCUCACGAAGAAUAAGGAGAACCAACAGAUUCUUCCAAGGAAUAGAAGCGUGGAAUACUUCGUCAAGCCUUCCGCAAUUAAGGACAUAGCGAAACGUCAUCAGCAACUUCCGGAAAACUGGCAGCCUGACAGGAGAAUAACAGCCCGUUGGAAAUGAUUAUUAACGAAAGGAGAACGCUGCUGGAACGAGAACUGUUAUUAGUAGACCGUGGAUUCUAUGAAUCCGUAUUGACUGGAACACGUAGUGCAUGUAGACGUAGACGUGGUAAAAAGGUCGAGAGAAUGUAACAUGGUAUUCGCUUUGUUUCGGUCCCGAUUGUUUAAUCGCGACUCCCGAAAUGUAGUCCCGGACUACCGAAAUGUGUUUCUAAUCUUGAAUUCGUCCAUCGUAACUUACAUUUGUACAGCUAAUGAAGGAAUUGUGUACACAAAUUAAUUCAAUAUCUGUUUUCAUUAUAAAUUAAACCUAUAUUAGACGGUAUAAA